ACCACGCUGGUGAACCACAAGGAGAAAUCGAAGCGAUCGGAGAAGACUUGCCGUGCCAUCGAGCGUGUGGGUCAAGCUGUGCACCUCGCCGUGGAGAAGUUCGUCGCCGUGGGCGAGACCAUAGCCAAUGACAACUAUGACAUCAGAGAGGACAUGACAGCUGCCUGCAGGGAGGCCAGACUUGCAGGAAGUAACAUUGCCAAGCUGACUGAUGUAUCAUAUGAUGCGACGGGACAGAUGACCAGCCCAGCCGGAAAGGGUAACAUGGUUCGUGCAGCCCGAGGUCUUCUAUCGGCCAUUACAAGGGUCUUGUUGAUGGCCGACAAGAUUGUUAUCAAGCAGAUAUCGCAGUCCAGAAAUAGGGUUUCAAACAGCUUAGAGCGUAUUGACAAGACGAGGAGUUUCACAGAGUUUGUUCAAUGCUUCAGUCAGUUUGGCCGAGAAAUGGUGGAACUAGCUCAUCUAACAGGAGAUAGACAAAUAGAUUUAAAAGAUGAGAGAGCAAAAGCCAAGAUGGCGUGCACCCGAUCAACCUUAGAGAAGUCUACCACAAUGCUGCUGACAUCAUGUAAGACGUGCCUUAGACAUCCAGAAUGUGAUCCAGCCAAGAAGACGCGUGACUCAGUCUUCAUCAACAUGAGAAAAGCUCUGUCCAACGUGAACGACAUCAUCUACGACAAGUACGACAACAAGCGCCUCUCCUCGCACUCUUCCCCUAACGGCAUUACAUCGUGGCCUAACAUGCACAGUAUCAUGCAGGAGUUACAUGACCUGGUUGAAACCUCCAAGGUAACUCUUGCGGACGAACCGACAAGAACAAAGAUGCAGCUAGCCAUGGACCUCCUCGUCGACACCACACAGGACUUCACCGACUCGGCCUACACUUCCCACGAACACAGAGAGAGAAUACUGACCCUAUGUGAAAGGGGUAGGGCUAAUCUGACAGCACUCAAUGACCAUGGCAGAACGAUAACACACGACAAGCAUCCAUCAGACAGGCAGGAGGAUGAGCUUGAAGUCCUGGUGGUCAAGAUGGUCAAGUCUAUCUCAGAUCUCAAGAAGCAGCUUCAACACACAGCCCUAGACCAUGCAUCAGAAGUGUUCAAGGUUGGUGAUGACCAUACGACCAUCCAUAAAUUGAAGGAGGUGGCCCUCCAGGGACAGGUGGAAGCAGUCCAACAGCUUACCGUUAGAUUCCAUGAUCAUGCUGACCAAAUUAGAGAAGUAUGUAGAUUACUUGGCCAUGUGUCCAGACUAGCUCCGCUGACCAUAAGUUGUGACCAUGCAGAGAAUAGUAUAGCCACAUCAGAUACACAGUUAACGGGUGCAGCGAUCACCCUAGCAAUGAACCACAACAGUAAGAUAGCCAGAGAGAAUCUUGACGUCUUUGCCGAUACCUGGGAGAUUCAGAUCAACGACCUUAGCACACUGGUCAAGGAGGUCAACGACAACUGCGUUGGCAAAACAAACAACAAACAAGUUUAUCUCUCUCUUCCUAGGCCAGGGGCUGAUAUUAAACACGGUACCACGGUCAAAGCUGCUAAACCGGUCAAGCUGGACGCUCAGGAACAAGCUAAGAUUGCAAAGGUCGGGUUAGAGGUCAAACUGCUGACCUCCGAGGUGGAUGCUGAGACAGAGAAGUGGGAGGACCAAGCGAAUGAUAUCGUAAAGAGGGCCAAGAACAUGUCCAGCAUGGCCUAUGCCAUGUACAUGUUCACGAGAGGAGAGGGGUCACUCAAGACAACAUUAGAUCUCUUCAAACAAGCAGAGUACUUUGCUGAAGAGGGCAACAAGCUCUUCCGAUCAGUCCGGGAGUUUGUAGGGCAGGUGCCCGACUGUCAACUAAGGAGUGAACUUAUGAUGUACUUAGAACAGAUCCCAUCCCAUUGUCAGCAGCUUAACUUCACCACCAAGUCACCAUCAGCCGGCAAAUCAAGCACAUUCAACAAGGUUGACUGUACUAUACAAGAAACCAAGAGUCUACUCCUGUGUAUUGUCAGACUAGUUCCUAUAUGUUACUCAUUAUCCGCAAAGUACAAUGUGACCACUCCAAACUCCCCCACCGCCCGAUGGAGGAGGCCGCCGCCCAUGAUGGAUCUCCAUAGCAACAGCUCCGACAUGGACUCGCCCCUCAGCCAGAGCUCCGGCUUCAUGAGCGACGGUUCCAUCAUGAGAGCGCAGAAAACACUCCACAAAAUGAACUCUUUCGACAGACUCUAACGCAAGCUCCCUGAACCCCAAUUCCAAGAGGGAGGAAGCACCCAUAGAUGGAAGAGUCUUGCCAUUUUGAAAUGUAUUGAAACCUAGCGUAAUUUUAUCCCAGUGAAUGGAAUUGAAUGGAAUUUGUGAGCAUUUCUACCUAUAUGUAUUACCAGGGCCCCGUCCUACAAAGAGUUGAUAUUAAUUGCAACUUAUUUGCGAUCGAUAUCAAGCGCAACUAUAUCCAUAAGAGAUAGGAGACUGCAAACUUACAAAUGAUCCAAAUCACUUGCAAGUCUUUGUAAGAUGGGGCCCAGAUCUUAAAUCACCACGUCUCUGUUGUCACUAUGUCUUACUAUGCAUACACGAGGUGUUGAUAUGUCAGGUGAACCUCAAGAAACUGCUGCGGUGCUCUUGAGAUCUGUGAACUAUGCAUAGGGCUUGCACGCAUGUAGUUGUUGCACUGUCGCAAUCAACUCCAUGGAACAAAUUGGCUGUUUGGAGCCACAAAACACUGUAUUAUAGCACAUCAAUGUUAGUGAAAGUCGUUGUGGCUCCAAACAGACAAAAAUCUGCACCCUAUUAAUAAUGUAUCCCUUUCCUCAGUAUUUGCAAAUGUCUUUUGUAAACAAUCGUAUGAGUACAAAUUGAUCAGCAUUUUUAGGAAUUAGUUCUAUGAUAAAGAUCCCUGUGAUAGAGUUACUUCCUGGGACCCGUUUCACAAAGCCUUUUUUCAAUGACAAAUGACAAUAUCAGUGACAAAUCUGCUGACAA